AUGCGGACGGCGGAGGAGCAGCGCGCGCGACCGCGGUUCCUCGAGAAGCAGCGGCGGACGAAGCCGUCGCUCUCUCUGCGCGACUACUUGGAGCGGAUCCUGCGGUACUGCCAGUGCAGCCCGGCGUCUUGCGUCAGCGCCGCCGUGUACAUCCAGCGCAUGGCCGCGCGGGACCCCCACCUCGUCGCCAACUCCCGCACCAUACACCGCCUCCUCCUCGUCGGCGUCAUCAUCGCAACCAAGUUCCUGGACGACCGGUACUUCCCGAACGCCUAUUACGCCAAGGUCGGGGGCCUGACUCCGGCGGAGGUCAACGAGCUGGAGCGCGACGUGCUCGCGCGGCUGGACUUCCGCGUCGCCGUGAGCGCGCAAGACCUCCAGCGGUGCCUGGCCUGGCUCAAGCACGUCCACUCCGCGCCGCCGUCCAGCGCCGGGGACCCCCCCGCCCUGGACGUCGCCGACUCCCCCGCCAGCCCCGCGCAGCCCGCCGCGGCCGCGGCCGCCGCGCGCCUGCUGAGCCCUGACCGCGAGUUCCGGGGCGUCAGGGAACGCGUGGCGAGCUACCAGGACCACAUGGAGGGCCUGUGGGACGGCGCGAGCAGCACGGCGCGGAGCUCGCGGCUCGAGGGCGCGGCGCGGGACAGCGAGGCGGCGGAGGACGGGAAGUGCGGGACGCGCGCCAUGACGGACGAGUCGGCGGGGACGCCGCGGCUGCGGAGCAACGAGGGCGCGGGGAGUUCUGGAGGGGUGUCCGAGGGCGGCGGAGAGGGGUGUGCGCAGGGGCGGAGGCGGUCGCACGCGGAGGAGGCCACUGCGGUGCCGCCGGCGCGCGCGACGCGCGACGCCGCGUCGAUGCCGCGCACGCAGGGGUGA